GGAGUGUGUUUGGGGAAAAAUCGUGCAGGCGUCCUCUAUGUUUACGGCGUGUGUGCCUGAUUUUGGCCGGGCAUGCUGGAUACACAACGCUGCAUAUACGAGCUGUGCACAAAGUGAAUUCAGGGAGGCGUACAGGACAAGGACAGAGGGGCCUUGUUGGGAGGUGUGCACGAAGCUAUGAAUGAGCGCGUGCACACGUUCGGACGUCUUCGAGGAACAGUCCACAGCUGAUGGAAUCUACACGCCGCGAAUGUCUCCUCACUGUCCCGCAUAGUGUCACGCAAUUUCCCGGGAUGGAGUAAUGUCGUACACGACGAAUUUUGUUUCGGUCGUUUAUUUUAUUAUAUUUUUUGCGUAAAAUCCACCCAAACCGCUCUCCAUGGUUUUCGAAAGAGAGAUGGACGGGAUCGCAAACAGCAUGCAGAAGAAGGCUGCGGAGCUGGAGCGACUGGCCGAGGUGCUGGUCACCGGUGAGCAGCUCAGGUUGCGACUCCACGAAGGGAAGGUCAUCAAGGAUCGGCGUCAUCACUUGCGCACAUACCCAAACUGCUUCGUGGGCAAAGAGCUUGUUGAUUGGCUAAUUGAACACAAGGAGGCCUCCGAGCGAGAGACAGCCAUCCAGAUCAUGCAGAAGCUUCUGGACCAGAGCAUUAUCCACCACGUGUGUGACGAGCAUCGGGAGUUCAAAGACAUGAAGCUGUUCUAUCGCUUCCGUAAGGACGACGGUACCUUUCCAUUGGACAACGAAGCCAAGGUCUUCAUGAGGGGGCAACGCAUCUAUGAGAAGUUGAUGAACACGGAGAACAACAUAAUACAGAGCAGGGAGGAGGAAGGUGGAAAUUUUGAGCGGACGUUAGUAGCUUCCGAAUUCAUCGAUUGGCUCCUCCAGGAAGGGGAGAUUGCGACCAGGGAAGAGGCGGAGCAACUGGGUCGACGCCUGCUUGAACACGGGAUCAUCCAGCAUGUCACAAACAAGCAUCACUUUGUGGACGGGCCCCUCCUCUUCCAGUUCAGGAUGAACUUUCGACGAAGGCGACGGUUAAUGGAGCUGCUCCAUGAGCGGGGUCGUGGAAUCCCUGAAAGCCACGACAGCCCCUUCUGUCUCCGAAAGCAGAACUCUGACGGAGGCAACACUAGCUUUUUAUCAGUGAGUCCGACUAAAGAGAUAAAGAUGGCAGUCGGGGUCCGUCGCAGCAGUAUGAGCAGCAGCUGUGGCAGCAGCGGCUACUACAGCAGUAGUCCCACACUCAGCAGCAGCCCACCGGUCCUGUGCAACCCCAAAUCUGUUCUGAAGAGACACGUAAGUCCAGAGGAGCUCCAGACUCCAGGAGGACCUUUUUUAAAGAAGACAUUCACCAUUGUUGGUGAUGCUGUGGGAUGGGGCUUCGUCGUGCGAGGUAGCAAGCCCUGCCACAUUCAGGCGGUGGACCCCGGAGGUCCCGCAGCAGCUGCUGGCAUGAAAGUUUGUCAGUUUGUGGUGUCAGUAAACGGAUUGAACGUCCUUGCUCAGGACUACCGAACUGUGAGCAACCUAAUCCUUACUGGACCCAGGACUAUCGUCAUGGAGGUCAUGGAGGAAAUAUGACUGCGGAAAUCUGCUGAAUUGAGAAUUGCAGCAGGAGCUCUGAAGAUUUGGAGAAACGCAAACCAAGAUGAUGAACGCUUAAUCUGCUCUCCUGGUCAUCGAAGCACAAACUCGAAAGUGAGAAUGUCCAGUCUUCGUGAUUCUACUGUUCUACUUUUACAGCAGAGGAUGGACAAUCUAAAUCUCAAAGUGACAAUUUGGAGAUGAAUAAGUGCCAAGUUGCAUCUUUCAUAAGCUCAAAUACCACCCCCAGUGACCCUUUCCCCAGUUAGUUCCCAAUCAAUCGCAGCUUUUGGAUAGAUAGCUCAACGCUGCCCUCUCGUGACACACAAAGGCAUGAAAACCUGCAUCCAAAAGCACUGAUGUGCCACAUAUAUUUACUGGCAAUGCGACAGACAUGAAAAUAGGAACAGUGUAUACUGUAUAUUUACAUUGUACAUAUGAAGAAGUCAGAUGAGAAUCCAUAACAUUUAUUUAAACUGAUAUUGGAUCAAUUUUACAAAUAUAGGUUAUUGGGAAUACAGAACCAUUUCUAAAAACUAAAGUCAAUACUUAGAAAGUUUUUUUUU